CUUCCCACCAGCCUCAGCUGUCGGCUCCCUUCCUGACUUCCCCACCCUGCCCCCGGUGCCAUGGCGUCCAGCGAGGAGGACGGCACGGUUGAGGAGAAGGAAAACAACAACAAGAAGAGAACGAAGAGCGCCCUCACGACCGCAUGGCUCACCUUCUACAACAUCGCCAUGACCGCCGGGUGGCUGGUUUUGGCCCUGGCAAUGAUGCGCUUCUACAUCAAAAAAGGCACACACAAGGGUCUGUACAGAAGUAUAGCAAGGACACUCAAGUUUUUCCAGACGUUUGCUUUGGUUGAGGUGGGACAUUGUGCGAUCGGAAUCGUGAGGACUUCUGUCAUUGUAACCGGGGUUCAGGUGUGUUCGAGGAUUUUCAUGGUUUGGUUCGUCGCCAGCAGCAUCAGACAGAUCCAGAAUGAAGAAAGCGUAAUCCUGUUCUUGGUGGUGUGGACGGUGACAGAGAUUACCAGAUAUUCCUACUACACAUUCAAGCUGCUCAACCACCUGCCAUACUUCAUCAAAUGGGCCAGAUACAACUUCUUCAUUGUCUUGUACCCACUGGGGGUCGUAGGAGAGCUGCUCAGCAUUUAUGCCGCUCUGCCGUUUGUGCGCAGAUCUGGGAUGUUCUCCAUGAGGCUCCCCAACAAGUAUAACGUGUCGUUCGACUACUACUACUGCCUCAUCAUCGUCAUGCUGUCCUACAUCCCACUGUUUCCUCAGCUUUACUUCCACAUGCUGCGGCAGAGGAGGAGAGUGCUUCACGGGGAAGUUAUCGUGGAGAAGGAUGACUAAAAGCAGCUCCACCUUAACGCCACGUCACCCUCACCUCCGCUCCACCUCCACCGCGAUGAACAGUCUGUCGUACAAGAUCCACCGCUGACGAUUUAGAAAAGACCGCCGGACUCCCUCAGCUCUGACGUGCAAAAGCUGAUUCUGACAUGUAAAUUUGUAAGACAUUUGUUUACAGUCCAAAAGUUUGAGAUCAGUCUAUUACUCAUCAAACCUGGAGCCACCCCAAAAUAAUAAUAAAAAAAUACCCCACUCCCAACAAAAAGUCAGUUUGGCUGCACAAAAAUAAGGUUUCAAAUAAGGUUCUAUCAUACCUCACAAUAAAUCUACAUUUAGACAAUGUGUUGCUGCUUUUGUGUACGUUUGUGUUACCUUAUGUGUUAAUGAUGCAAUGUGAAACGAGUGGCUGAUUCGAUUUCUUAAAUGGUGCACAUGCUGUAAUCAGCUUUAACUUAACACUUCGCUCGGCUCAGCUCCUGUCUUCUUUAAUGUUUCCAUGUUUACUGUCCCAUUCAUUCACAAGAGCCCAUCUUAAGUUGAUUCUAGUGUUUUCUGUUGGCCGGUGUAGACGACUACUUGUUAGCGCACUGUCUUCACUCUGUGUCUUGUUUUUUAAAUGCGAAGAAUCCGGUGACAGAGCGGUACUUCCUCCGACUAAAGGUGCUAUUGUUGAGAUCUUUUCAAUCUUCUGUGCAGCUGAAAGUGCGACUGUGAUUGGAGUUGACCCAAAGCAGGACGUGAAAGAUUGAAAGGAAAUGAACUGCUAAGGUGAUAUAUCAGAAAGAGUUGAUGGGUUUUAUUCGGUUACAAAUAAAGACAAAAAAAGGGGAAAAAAAAUGCUUCAUGCAGCAAGAAAGUUAUUUUUAAGGAAAAAAACGGAAAAAUGUGAAAAUACUUUUUUGUGCAAAGUGAAUAAACACAAUGCUACAACACCAAGGAACA